AGGCUCAGCGGUCAGAGGUGAAAGUUGACUUUAGCAAAAACAUGGUUGAGCAAGGGGAUAUCCGCGUGGUUCACCGAGGUGGCAGUAAAAUUACACUCAGGGAGCCUGUCAUAACCAAUGAUUCAAGAUUCCUCCUGUGCGCCUCUGGAGAUUGUGUGAAGGUGUUCAGCACCUCCACAGAGGAGUGUCUCCACGACCUGCGGGGACACACCGACCUGGUGACAGGUGUGCUGCUCAAGCCCUCCAACCACCUGCAGGUCUACUCUUGCUCAGCAGAUGGCACUGUCAGACUCUGGGACUUCACAGAUGGCAUCCUUAUUAAGACUUAUGUCAUUGGAUACCCAAUUUACUCCAUCUAUGCGUCGGCAAACCACGAAGGAGCCAUUUUUGUUGUUACAAACACACUAAGUGACAAAAGAUCUGAGUUGUUCCAGCUGGUUGCAAUACAUCUGCCGCAGAGUGGAGAUCAGCUGGUGGAGGCCCGAGAGCUUUCUGCUGUGCUUAGCGACGUCAGCUCCAACCCAGCGGCCAUUGCCUUCGGUAGAGGGGGGGAAUAUAUCGCUUCAGCUAAAAGUUUGCAGCUUGAGGUUUACUUCUUCAAGAAGCAGAAGUCAUACAGGUUUUCCCUCAAAGAAGACAACAAGAAAGGAGGGAAGAACACAUUCACAUGCAUUGCCUGCCACCCAAAAGAGGACUGCAUUGCCACUGGGCAUGAGGAUGGCAAGAUUCGUCUGUGGAGAAACUUCAACCACAAGAAGGAGUACACAUACUCCACUCUGCACUGGCACCACUGUGCUGUCAGCUCAUUGCGCUUCACUCCAGAAGGCACCAACCUGCUGAGCGGAGGUGUGGAGUCAGUGCUAGUCCAAUGGCGAUACAACCAAGAGAGCCAGCGGGACUUCCUGCCCCGCCUGGGUGCUGCCAUCACACAUAUCGCUGUCUCACCUGAUGGAGCGCUGUUCUGCACCUCACACAGUGACAACAAGAUCACCAUCAUCCAGAGUUGUGUUAAAGUAUCAGCUGUCAUUCAGGGCCUGGUCAAAGGAGAAAGUGUCAUGACAGACUUGAUGGUGGACCCACGCAGCAGAGCCAUGGUGUUGAACGGCAAACCAGGCCACCUGCAGUUUUACUCCCUCCAAAGAGACAAACUGCUGUACAACCUGGACAUCGUGCAGCAGGAGUAUAUUCAUGAGUUGGGCCUGCAGCAGUUUGAGGUGGUCAAGGCGGCCUUCGAUGCCUCUGGAAACUGGCUAGCAACAGUGGAAGAAAGAAAACAGAAAGCUGCUGAGCUGGAGCUUAGUUUGAAACUGUGGGCAUUUGAUGAACAAACACAGAGUUUUGUGCUGAACACGACCAUCUCGGCCCCCCACGAGUCCCGGAUUACAGCCAUGUGCUUUUGCCAUGCCACCAACAGCCAGACCACCAUGCUGGUCUCCGCCAGCAAGGACGGACACUUCAAAGCCUGGCAGCUGGAUGCACCAGCCCACACAGAGGAUGAAGGUCCAUCUUGGUUGUGUGAUUUUGUUGGAGGCUAUCACGGGCUGGUGCCCGAGUGCUGCUGUUUUUCAGCCGAUGGUUCUUUGUUGGCUGUCAGCUUUCAGGAGGUAGUGACUGUGUGGAGUCCGUCCUCCUGGGAGCUCCUGACGACUCUGUCCCAGCCGCCUGGAGCUAUCAGGGAUCUUUAUUUUGGACGACUAAGCUGUUCCAAGUAUCUGCUGGGAACCACUGUGAACAGCCAGCUCUGUUGCUGGAACCUCCUCACCUGCUCCUUGGAGUGGAGCACCUCCAUGGACAUCAGCCUGCUGCUGGCUGACCCCCUCUCUGAGAACAUGGCUGCCUUCUGCUGUCAGUCUGGAUGCACCGACUUGUUUGUGUUUAAGCCCAAUGAGCCUCGGCCACUGUUUUCCCAUAAGGCUGUGUGUUCAGGCAAGGUGACUCGUGCCGUCUUUGCACCGAGGGAUGAGAUGCUGGAGAGCUGUGAAGAGAGCAGUCAGUGGCUCAACUGCAGUCAGCUUUACUUCCUCACUCAGUACAUGGACCUCAUGACUUUCACUACCAGGGCAGAAGACGACAGACUGAUGGCUUCCAGCAAACAGCUUGUGAUCGAUGACAGUGUCGCCAUGACACCUUUCUACCUGUUGCUGGGAAAACACCGGCAGCAGCAACAGGAAAAUCAAGAUAUACUAAGCACCUUAUCUGCUGAAAGAACGCCUCUGCCGCAGGGCUCUGUUGCUAUUAAGGAGCUUCUGCAGACCCCCGCCCACGUCCUGCCCUCUACCUCUUUCCUCUGCUCCAUGUUUGUACAGUCUCUGCUCAUUUCUGUCGCAGACUCCAGGGAGGAAAACAAACAUGCAGAGGAGGAAAUGGAGAGUGAGAAAGAGGAAGAGGAUUCAGAGGGGGAAAUGGAAUCCAGCACCUCGAGACCACAUGAGGCGUCAGUGCGAGGCCAAGUGACAGAGACUGCAGCCCCCCCUCUGUCAAAAUCCCAGGUUAGGGAACUGAGGAGGGUGAAGAAACUUGACCACAGCUGGCUUGCAGGCCUCCUGGACUCUUGAACAUGACCAUGUAGAAAAUAGACACUGACACAGAUACAGUGCCUAUACAAAGUUUUCACCACAGCAGUAGAUUUUUUUUUUUUUUUUUUUUAAUGGUUAUAUUGUUUUUUCACCAUGAAACCAGAAUGGAUUUCUUCUGGAAAGAAAAAGAAUGUCAAAGUGUAAACAAAUCUCUGCAAAUAUAAAACAGAAAUAUUUGAUUGCAUAAGUGUUCGACAGUUUGGCAGCAAUUAGAGCCUUAAAACAAAGUAUGUCAGUUUUACAUAUUUUAACCAAAAAAAAUCUCCCCGCUUUUCUUUAUUAAACUGCCGAGGCUCUGUUGCACAAGCAUCGUGUGUGAACAGCAGUUUUCUUGCCCGAAACGCUUGGAAUGUCUUGAGGACUGGACUCAGCCCCUCCUGAACAUUAACACUGUUGUUUUUUAAGCCAUUCCUGUAUAGCUUUGGUGGUGUCUUGUUGGAAAAUAAAUAAAUCUUUUCCCAAGUCACAGUUCUGUUGCAGACUGCAGCAGGUUUUCCUCCAGGAUUUCUCUGUAUUUUGCUACACUUGUGGGGCCUGUAUUACCAACUUUGCUACAUGCAAGAUUUUUAACAUUAGAUCAUUUCUCCAAUCUCUUCGUGUUUCACCAGUCAAAACAAACACCAUACAUCCGAUUGAUGCACAAGCAUCUAAGAGAUCUGUAAGGCUUUAAAAUAUAUCUGCAAUUUGGAGCUGACAUCGUCCAAAUUGCUUUUGUGAAACAGGACCCUUUUACUUGCUACAUUCAAAAAGCCUCCAAGUUCCUGUUGCACAGAAACAUCCCCACAAUCCUUGGCGUGAUGGUGCCUCCACCAGACCUACUGAAGGAAAUGGUGUUUUUUUUGCUGACGUACAGUCUCUUGUUCACAGCUAAUACUGAGUUUAGUAUGAUGAUCAAAAAGCUCAGAUUUUUCUGAUUCAAAACUGCCAUUUCCGUCUUCAGCCUACAUGCCUGCUGGCAAGCCCUAGCUGUGGACCUCAUGUUAUUGAAUUACAGAAUUGCAAAACCGUGGCCAUACCAUAUUUAAUUCAUUUUUAUCAUUCAUCUCACUGUACUCAGAAAGAUAUUCGGGGUUUUGUAAAUGUUAUAUCCUUCUGCCGCCUUGUAUUUCAGUUAAGUUGUUGCAGACUGUAUUGAAAUCUUUCUUUGUCUUCA